CCAUAAUUCCUCAUACAGUUAUUUGCAUUUUACUUUUAAAAUCCACAUUGCUUGGGUUUUUCGCUUGACUCUCUUACUGCUUAGAGGUCAACUUCAGCACCACUAGUGUUGGACAGCUCCUCAUCUAAUUGAGCCAGUUGGCUGUGUUUGUCAUAGACAUUAAGAAAUGUCCCCACCAUGAAAUCAGCUGUUAUGUGUUAAAAAUCUCACAUUUUUGGUCAUCCUGUUUUGCGUGUGUUGCAGUUGGACAUUUUUUUUUUACUUUCAGCUUUCAUAUAAAUUUUAUUGUGGAGGAAAAAGGCAAAUGUAUCUAAUACUUUGCCGAUAGAGUGAUUUCAGAUGAUUACAUUUAUUUUCACUACACUGCCUUUUAUCUACUUCUUCUCUGCAAUUAUUUAUGGGCUUCAGCUACAUCUUUUAUCUUAUUUUCAGUUCAAUACACCGUGUACUUGCAUACAUUGAAUUACACGCCACUUAAUUCCUAAACGUUAGCAGGUUCCUUACUGAUAUACUCAAAGAGAUAGUUCUCCCCCUUUAUGGAGUUAUGCAGUUGCUGUUUUCACAUCGAACUGUAAGGGCCGCUGUUGGUCUUCAAAGCACUUUGGGAGCCUUUUUUUUAAUGCAGCAACACCUCCUAUUCUUGUCAUAGUGUGCCGUGCAGAGCAGGGCAUUUAAGUCCUCAUUUUCACCGGGGAUUCUGAGACCAAGGUGUUCGUGGUCUCAGCUUAGAUUCAAACAACAUCAACGUUAGGACUUUCUCCUGUAAUAAACCGUUUUCUUGUGCCAUAUUUUAAGUGGAGUGGAUUGCUUCGGAAAUAUGGCUUUUUUCAUCAGAGAACCCAUGGUAAAAUGGCAAGUACAGGCCUUCAUCCUUGUUUUUCUAUUUGACUUUACACUCUGUCAGAUUCGCUAUUCGGUCCCAGAGGAGAUGAGAAAAGGCGCCUUCGUAGGAAAUGUGGCAGAAGAUUUAGGCAUCGACGUUAAACGACUGACAUCAGGCGGUGCCCGAAUUGUAAGCAGCGAUAGCAGCGAGUAUGUUAGGCUUGAUAUAGACAAAGGGAUUCUAGUGGUGGGGGAAAGGAUAGACAGAGAGCAGCUCUGCGGGCAGACGUCGCCCUGUAGCCUGAAUUUUGAAAUGAUAAUGAUGAACCCAAUGCAGUUACAUAGUGUUGUAGUGGAAGUUUUGGAUGUUAAUGAUAACGCACCGGUGUUUCCCGAGAAAGAAGUGCAUGUAGAAAUAGUAGAAUCUGCUCUUCCAGGGACCGAAAUAUUACAAGAGAGUGCUACAGACCCUGACGUUGGCAUUAACGCUUUAGGCGGAUAUACGUUACACCCAACAACACAUUUCAGUAUUAAAGUCCUGUCCAGCCCAAAUGGUCACAAAUAUGCACAGUUGUAUCUUUCUAAUGCGUUGGACCGCGAGAGAGAAGAAAAGCUGCUUCUCACACUGACUGCAGUGGACGGCGGUGAGCCACAGCGGUCGGGCACGCUGAAAAUACAUGUAACUGUGCGAGACACUAAUGAUAAUGCUCCGGUGUUUACACAAUCGUUAUUCAAGGCGUCUGUUAAAGAAAAUAUUCGAAAAGGAGCCUCGGUGCUGCGUGUGAGCGCAACAGAUGCAGAUGAGGGAAUGAAUGGUCUUGUUUCAUAUCACUUUAAUCGCAUGUCAGGUAAUGUGGCUGAGCUAUUUAAUCUGGAUGAAAACAGCGGUGAUUUAACUGUAAACGGUGUCAUCGAUUACGAAGAGAAUAAAAUCUAUGAGAUUGGUGUGCAGGCUAAAGACCAAGGCGGACAAAGCACAUCAACCAAAGUAAUAAUUGAAGUAACGGAUGUAAAUGACAAUGCCCCUGUAAUAACAUUAACCUCGUUUUCUAAUGCUAUAGCAGAGGACUCCCCUAGUGGAACUACUGUGGCGAUCAUAAACGUUAAAGAUCUGGAUUCAGGCAAAAAUGGCAAAGUAGACUGCUCAGUUAACGGCAAUAUCCCGUUUGCAAUCCACUCAUCUCUAAAGAAUUAUUACACUCUGGUAACAAAUGGUGUCCUUGACAGGGAGCGUAAUCCUGUUUGCAACAUCACGUUUACAGCUGUGGAUGAAGGGAGCCCAUCAAUGUCAACUAACAAGACAAUAACACUUCGAAUAUCCGACGUCAAUGACAAUGCACCCAUAUUUGAACAGCGUUAUUAUGAAGCCAACAUUAUGGAGAAUAAUUCGCCAGGAUUAUCUGUGUUUUCCUUGAAGGCACACGACUCGGACUCCGGGCCUAACGCACGUGUAUCUUACCUGCUAAUUGACAGUCAGUUGAAUGGUUACCCCAUAUCUACUUAUAUAUCUGUUAACGCAGAAGACGGAGUUAUACAGGCUGUUCGAUCAUUUGACUUUGAGCAGAUUAAAAAUCUAAACAUAUGUGUUAAAGCGCAGGAUGGAGGUUCUCCGCCUUUAAGCAGCAAUACCACAUUGCAAUUAAAUAUUCAAGACCAGAACGACAACCCCCCUCAGGUCCUGUACCCAGUCCAGACUGGUGGGUCAGUGGUGGCUGAGAUGGUGCCUCGUGCAGCUGAUGUGGGCUAUCUGGUGACUAAAGUGGUGGCUGUUGAUGUGGACUCUGGACAGAAUGCCUGGCUCUCGUAUAAACUACAGAAAGCCACAGACAGGGCGCUGUUUGAAGUGGGCUUACAGAAUGGAGAAAUCAGAACUAUCCGCCAAGUGAAUGAUAAAGAUGCUGUGAAACAAAGACUGACUGUUAUAGUGGAGGACAACGGGCAGCCGUCUCGUUCAGCUACAGUCAUUGUUAACGUGGCGGUGGCGGACAGCUUCCCUGAAGUGCUGUCUGAGUUCACUGACUUUACACACGACAAGGAGUACAAUGACAACCUGACUUUUUACUUAGUGCUGGCUUUGGCUGUAGUGUCCUUCCUCUUCAUCACGUGUGUAGUGGUUAUUAUAUCAGUGAAAAUCUACAGAUGGAGACAGUCUCGCACCAUGUUUCACUCCAACCUCCCUGUGAUUCCAUAUUAUCCACCACGUUACUCAGACACUUUGGGCACAGGGACUCUCCAGCACGUGUACAAUUACGAGGUGUGCAGGACGACUGACUCCAGAAAGAGUGACUGUAAGUUCGGCGGAGCUGGUAGUCAGAACGUGCUGAUAAUGGACCCCAGUUCUACAGGGACCAUGCAGCGGAUACAGAGUGAGAAGAGCAUCCUGGAUGAACCAGACUCUCCUCUAGAGGUUAGUGAAAUAAUGAAGCCUGUUAUUUGCUGCUGUUCUGCUUUCUGUGUUUGGUUGAUAGUGAACUGUUUCGAAGCCAUAUUGUCACUUUCAGCACCAUGGACAGAGGCUGCAUUUUCACCGUAUGCUGUAUUCUUUUCAUUUAGAACGUAGAAACUGAUUUGGUGUCACAAUGUUAUUUCAUUUCACAACGACACAACUGGAAAGUCGUUGCUAUGGCUUUUUAAGAGAGC